AUGGUAUUAGUCAGACAAAAAUGCCCCAAUUAUCCAGCCGCUGAGAGUAUUUCGCUGACAGGCUCAGCCGCUGCAGUUGGUUUCAGCGAAAACAAGCAUUUGGACAGAAGCAGGACGCCCGGAACUGCUGUACGGUUCACAAACGUGCAUACAUUUGCUCGUUUGCAGCAUGUUUCAGUAGGACUCUCGCCCUGUUCGGCGGGGUAAAAAGGACAUGGUGAAAUCACUCUGCCUGGCUCUGCUCACCUUUGUUCCCCUGCUGUGGUUUCUGAGGGAAUCUGAUGGGAUGCCGGACCCCACUCGCCGGGACCUGCUGAUGCGCGAGGAGGUGUCCAGGCAGACGGGAGGCCUGUUGACGCUAACGCCGGCAGAGCAGAAGCUGGAUGCUUACCUGCAUCGGUUGAAGGAGCAGGAGAUGGCAGCUACACCGUUUCCUCCUGCUUUACACUUCUUCAAGGCUAAGCCUUUCAUUGAGAGGAGCUCAAUCUACAAACUGCUGCAGAAGAUGCCGAAAGGUGCGGCGCUCCACAUCCACAGCUCAUCUCUGGUCAGCGCCGAAUGGCUGGUAAAAAAUGUUACCUACAGACCUCACUGCUACAUCUGCUUCACGUGGGACAACUCGGUCCGUUUCCUGUUCUCCAAUCGACAGCCCUUCCCUCGAUGGGACUGCUUCUACUGGCAGCUGCUGGAGUCGCUACGGGCCAGGAUAGAGGACAAUGCAGCAUUUGACAACAGUUUAAUCCAGCACCUCACACUGUUUACUGAGGAUCCAGAUGGUGAAUAUCCAAACCAAGAUGUUGUGUGGGAGAAGUUUGAGAAGGCCUUCAUUGCUACUGCAGGGUUAGUCGCACACGCUCCUAUUCUGAGGGACUACAUCUACCAGGGCUUAGAGGAGCUUCACAAAGACAACGUCAUGUAUCUGGAGCUGAGGAGUGGCCUAUCAAGGACGUACGAGCUUGAUGGAACCAUUCAUGACAAGAUUUGGACUCUGAAGAUGUUCCAGGAAGUCACAUCAAAGUUCAAACAAAAUCAUCCAGAUUUUUUCGGGGCCCGCAUCAUAAUUUCUGUCCACAGGGCUCUGGGCGUAUAUGAGGUCAAAGCUGCCGUGACGGAAGCCAUACAGCUGAAAAAGGACUUCCCAGAUGUUGUAGCAGGAUUUGACUUGGUUGGCAGGGAGAACAGUGGAAGGACUCUUUGGUACUUCAGAGAAGCCCUUUCCUUGCCAGCUGAACUGGGGGCAUCACUGCCGUACUUCUUUCAUGCAGGAGAAACAGAUGAUGAAGGAACAGACGUAGAUCAAAAUCUCCUAGAUGCUCUGCUCUUCAACACCAGCCGCAUUGGGCACGGCUACGCUCUGGCCCACCAUCCUCUGGCCAAAGAGAUUUCUAGGAAAAGGAACGUCGCUGUGGAGCUUUGCCCCAUUUCUAACCAGGUGUUGAAGCUGGUCUCGGACCUGAGGAACCACCCUGCAGCCAUGCUGAUGUCUGAAGGCCACCCGAUGGUGAUCAGCUCAGACGACCCCUCCAUGUUCGGAACCACUGGGCUCUCUUUUGACUUUUAUGAAGCCUUUGUGGGGAUCGGAGGGCUGAAGGCAAAUCUGGGCACGCUGAAAGAGCUGGUCGUCAACUCCAUCAGGUACAGCUCGCUGCCCGAUGAGCUUAAGGACAGAGCUUUCACCAUGUGGCAAACCAAAUGGGACAGCUUCAUCUCUGCUAACUCCUGACUGCCCCGUUACACCUAAUCCUGUUUGACUUGAACUAUGGAUGAAGCUCCACUUGUUUUUGCGUUUACAGUACCAGUUUCUCUGAAAGACGGUGCAGUUUUUGUGCCGUAACAUCGACCACAUGUUGCAGCUUCCAUCGCUGACCACUGCACUGCUGAAGAACCAGUUUGAGAUUCAAGCCUCGCAUUGAGAUUUCCAGACACCUCUUUGUUUCUCUGUUCUGGAUCUGCCCCCCCUGUUCACAAAUAAAUCUUUAAGUU